GAACGCCUUAUUGCAGGAGAGUUUAAAUGUGACGUUUUGUUUCUCUUAACAGCUGAGAGCUGAUGUUGUCCCCAGAACUGCAGAGAACUUCAGGCAGCUGUGCACCGGAGAGUGUGGCUUUGGCUUCAAAGGGUCUACCUUCCAUCGUAUCAUCCCCGGCGUCAUGUGCCAGGGAGGUGACUUUACGAACCACAAUGGAACUGGUGGAAUGUCCAUUUAUGGCAGCAAGUUUGAGGAUGAGAACUUCACCCUGAUGCACACCGGGGCUGGCAUCCUGUCCAUGGCCAACUCCGGCCCCAACAUCAACGGUUCCCAGUUCUUCAUCUGUCUUCGUCAGACUUCAUGGCUGGAUGGUAAGCACGUGGUCUUCGGAAAGGUUGUGGAGGGCAUGGACAUCAUCGGAAAAAUGCUGGUCUAUGGUUCCAGCAGUGGAAAGCCCAGCGCCAAGAUAGUCAUCGCUGACUGUGGCCAGCUGUAAACACCUCAGCCACGAACCUCUGACCAAACCCUGGUCUUGUACUCCUCAGUGCUCCCUUUCACAAAUCCCGCCACUUACCGCAACAUUCUUGUCCAAGAUCUACAACCCCUCUCUUUAUCCUUCAGUCAUCCAUCUUUGUCUCUGACGAAUUGCCUUUGCUGUUUGGUUUUAAUUUUUCAAAUAAAGUCCUGUAGGCCUAUAAUUUGUGUAUCAAAAUCUGAAAAUAAAGGGGAACAAUGACGUGAAACUCUAAAA